AUGAUGUAUAAAUACCAAGUUGCAGAAAAUUCUUAUCUGAUCAUUUCAAUUGUAAUAUUUUGUACAUUUUUAUCACCAACAUAUGAAAUUGGCUUUCGAAGCAGCAGUGAUACAACCAAUAUGUUUUCAGAAAUUGAAGGUGAUGCACCGAAUUCAUCUAUAUGCCGACGUAUGGUUAGUAAUUUUACCGAACCAGAAAUUCGCUGUUUAAUUGCUAAACAAUUCCCUGGAUGUCAGUUUGAUUCGGGAUUUUUACAAUAUUUAGUAUUUCAGUAUUGUAAUUUUAAUGAACGUAUAGUUCCAACAAUUUUUAUGAUAUUUUGGCUCAUUUUACUGUUGGGAGCAUUCGCAACAAUAUCUGAUUCAUUCUUUAGCACCUCCCUAAUUGCUUUGGCUCGAACUUUACGGAUGAAUCAAAAUUUAGCUGGAGUUACACUUUUAGCAUUUGGUAAUGGCGCUCCUGAUGUUUUCAGUGCUGUUACAGCAAUUACAACUGGAGAUCCUGAUGCACCCGAUGAAGGACUUGGAUUAGGUUUUUUAUUAGGAUCUGGUUUAAUGGUUAAUACAGUCACUGCUGGAUUGGUAAUAUUUUUUAAACCUUUCAAAAUGAGUCGUAGACCAUUUCUGAAAGAUACGAUUUUCUACAUGAUUGCUGUCAGCUGGGCUGCUUCAAUCCUUAUACGUCGGGAAAUUCAUUUUACAGACGCUAUUGGAUUUUUAAUAUUCUACCUGAUCUAUGUAUUUACGACAUGGGCUAGUAGUACAUACAUGAAGCGUCAGAGAUCACACGGAACAAAAAGUAUUCUUCCUUUAUCCUUACAAAGAAUUCUUUCAAAACCAUUAAGUCGUUUAAGUCGAUAUGGGCGUAAUUUAGUGCAAGUAUGUAAACCAUACUGUCCUCAAUGUUUAUUUUUGGCAAGAAUACGAAAAAAGCUGAAUUUCAGUCAAUUUAAGAAGUCCCCUACAGCGAAUAAUCAUACAACUACUGAAGAUGGCUUGAAGAAACCUGGCAAAGUAAUCACUGAUCAAAUUUCCCCUCGGAAAACAAUUCAAUUGCCAACUAUCAAGCUUAACGGGACAGUCCCAUUGACAGAUCAAGUAAAAGUCAUUAUUCCCAAUAUUCAUGUUAGUGAUAAACGUAUGAAUAAACGACACGUAAAUACUCCGAAAAUUGAAAUUACUUCACCAAAAAGUGGAGAUGAACCCCAUUCCCGUUCGAAUGGUUCACCUUGUGCACAUAAAGAUGAUCGCAAUGAUGAUAGUGAUGGCGGCCUUGAUGGUGAAGAUCCUGGAAGUCCGUACUUCUCACAUGGAUUAUCAGACUUCGGUGUUGGCUGUUUAAAUCCUGCUGAUGGGGUCAAAAAACGUGCGUCUUCAAUGACAUCAACUGAACCAGUGACACAUGGUAGACGUUUGUCGACGGAGCAUCCGGGUUCAGGACGUGGACGUUGUCGUAGAACGCAGUCGGUGGUUAGAAGAAGACCUAGUACUAGAAUGAGCGCUGCAGGAUACGAAUUAUCUUACAUGGUACGAUGGAUUAUAGCAAAUCGUGAACUAGAAGAAAAAGUCUUAGGUUCACGUGAUGGUGAGACAAAAUCUCAGAAAUUUUCUCAGUAUGAUGCCGAAGAGUCACAGAAUGAGUCUUCUAUCAACAGAGAUUUAUUCAGUCGUAAAGGAUCUCGUCUUGCAUCAACUUUAGCUACACCAACUCAUAUGCCAUCACCUGCUUCAUCAGACUACUCGGCUGAGGAUGAUACGAUGCAAAAAUCAUCAUCAUCUUUAAAGAAGAUAAAAUUGCAUUUUCUGCCCACUGAUUCAGAUACAGGCAAACAAAUGCCAGGCACUGGUGACAAUGAUGAAGAUUCAUUAAAUAAAUUACCGAAAUUCAAUAAUCAGGAAGGAACUUUUGAAGAAUAUGAAGACGUAGAGGGAUCAAAUUCAGAAGCAGAAGACGAAAUGGCGGAGUCAGAUGUCUCAUGGCUUGAAAAAUGGGCUAUGAAAGGUGUUUGGCAUCAUUUCGCUUAUUAUAUGAUACCAAUCGAUGUAGAAUCAUGGCAUCAGCAAUCAGUAUUUAGCCGGUUUUUACAAAUUUUACAAACACCAAUAUUUUUCGUUUUCCGACUAACAAUACCGACUGUUUUGGAGGAACUAGCUGAUGAUUCGGAACAAGAUGUAUAUCGUCAGGAAACAGAUGUUGCUCAAGAGAAAAGUGAAAAUUCACGGGAAAUGAUAUCAGUUCCAGAAGAAAAUGAGCUUAGUUUUAAGACUGUUCCGCCUGAACCUAAUCAAUCAGAAAUUAAUGCAGAAAAAAUAUCAGAACCGGCUAUGGUCAGCCUGGAGCUUAUGCAUGGAUGGUGUAAACCUUUAAAUGUUUUUCAAUGCGUCUUAGUGCCAGCCUUAUGGCCUAUGCUGUUGACAGCUAACGGGAAAUGUAUUGGAUUAUCACCAAUUGGACAGACACCAGUUCCAAUAUUUUGUCCAUUCCUAGUGACUGGAUUUGUCGUUGCCCUAACAGUAUUUUUCACUUCGAAAUGGAAUCAACCACCCAAACUUUAUCAUAGACCAUUUUUUGCAACACUAGGUUUCGUAACAUCAAUUAUAUGGAUAUAUGCAUUAGCUCAUGAAUUAGUUAAUUCAUUGGAAACUUUAGGCAUUGUCUGGGAGAUAAGUGAAGCUAUCUUGGGUCUUAGUGUUAUGGCAUUAGCGAGUUCGAUUGGAGACAUAAUGGCUAAUUGUUUGUUGGCUCGAAAUGGUUAUCCAAGAAUCGCGUAUGCCGCUUGUCUUGGUUCACCUCUAUUUAACUUACUUCUUGGUGCUGGUCUUUCGUACACUAUCAAAAUCGGAAGAGCUGGUGUUGGAUAUGCAAAUCUAUCAUUUACACUAACUCAAGCUCUUUUAUUCUCCUGUCUGUUAGCAGUACUCACGCUGAAUAUUCUUACAGCAUUAAUAGGAAGAUUUAAAUUUCGCCGUUGUUAUGGUAUAUUUUUGAUUAUUAUCUACUUAGUAUUUGUUACAACAGCUAUCCUUAUUGAAGUUGAUAUCAUUGUAUCACCAGUGAAUUGGCAUUUGGCUACUGGCACAGAAUAG